AUGGGAUUUGUUGACGCACCAUCGGCCGCCCAUCCUCACCAAUCAGAGCCUGCGACUUCACCGAGGUCUGCUUGCUGUGUAGUUUCGCCCGCUCCAUCAGGCCCAUCUUUUGCACAAAGUCCAGCAGAUCUCGCCACCCUUUCCUUACAUCCUCCAACUGGGUUUCAACUGAGCAAGAGGCCGAAUACACCACCAGAGGCUACACUGCAUCAUUCCGCCUACCUAAGCGCUUCCAUGGCCGUUGCUCCAUUCGCAAACCCACACCAAUCUCCGCUCAUUCCACCAACUCUGCUAGGACAACUGACCAUUUUGGUCUCAGAACUAGAGACGCCACCCACGUCACCUCCUCCCUUGAACUUCCCACCAUCAGCGCCGAUGCCACAAAUAGGGACGAUACGUCCAAAUUAUUUCGCGGGCGACAAUCAGUGUCCAAGAAUUCAUCCCCAAACAUCAAACGAAGACCCUUCCAAAAUUCUUCCUUGUCCACCCUAA